AUGUUUCGAUUGAAAGGCGUAGAAAUGUUGAUGCGGUCAUCUAUAAUCGUUCGCCGGCAAGCAUUGUUGAAAUCAAACAUGAUUUCGCAGGAAAUUGUUACAUAUAGACGUAUUCAUUUAAUCACUCAGGGAAAAAGGAUUUCUAGAAAUAAUUUCUUAUUGGAUCUACAUAGAAACUAUAGAAUUACAGGAAUCUCUUUGAUUCGUUAUGCUAGUACAAAUGAAACCACAGAAAAUAAAACUCCAGCAAAUGAAACACUACCACAAAAUAGUCCAUAUGAUGAAAUACCAGAUCCUCCGACACCAAUACAAGAAAUGAUAGAAAAUAUUGUGAAAGUGCAUCCGAAUGGAGAACCAACGUUUGAAAGUAUAGGAUUGGGUGGUUGGACUCCAUCAGGGAUUGUACAAAAUAUCUUGGAAUAUAUGCACAUAAAUUUAGAUAUGCCAUGGUGGUUGACAAUUGUCAUAGCUACUAUUUGUGUAAGGACUCUUCUAUUUCCCAUAGUGAUAAAAGGGCAGAAGAAUGUGAUUCAACUUAAAAAUCAUAUGCCAGUAAUACAAGACAUGCAGACGAGAUUAUCGCAAGCCAGGAAUACCGGCGAUCAUAUGGAAAGUGCACAAAUAGCGACAGAAAUGAUGAAGUACUUGAAAACGAACAAUGUUAGUUUUGCACAGAACCUUAUGAUGCCAUUAAUACAGGCACCAGUAUUCAUAUCCUUCUUCUUUGCAUUGAGAAAAAUGGCAAACUUGCCUGUAGAGAGCUUAAAAGACGGUGGCUUUUUGUGGCUAAAGGAUCUUACAAUAUAUGAUCCUUAUUAUGUAAUGCCAAUAAUUACUAGUAUAACAAUGUUUAUCACAAUCGAACUCGGUACGGAUGGCACUAAUAUCCAUGCGAUGGGUAUAAUGCGAUAUGUUUUGCGAGCUGUGCCAUUUGUCGCAUUACCGUUUAUGUUGCAUUUCCCUGGUACUAUUUUGACAUAUUGGGUAGCAACAAACACUAUGUCUUUGAUACAAACUGGUUUUCUAAAAGUCCCACGUAUAAAAAAAGCUCUCGGUAUGCCUAUCGUAAUAAAACGUGAUACUCCAACUGUAUCCACCAAAAAGAAAGGUUUUGUUAAUGAAGUGAAGGAAUCUUGGACAAACCUAAAGAUAACAAAGCAAUUAUCUGAUAGAGAACGGGCAGACAUAGUACAAUUUAACAGUGCUGGUAAGGGUCCUAUAGUGAAGACAUUUAAAUAUGAUCCGACGAAGCAAAAACAAUCAACAGUCUUUACGAAAAGUAGAGAAUAAUUUAAUUUAGA